UAUUGGUUGCUCUCGCUACUCGUGAUGGCUCAUCACCUAUUUGUGACACCUUCUACCUAGGGUAUGGAUGGAGUACACUACCUCCUCACCGCCAUAGCAUCACAUGCUCCACAACAGCCAGUCUAAUACGCAGCAGCCACCCGGGUUUCGAGGCACACUGCUACAAAGUCAUUCAAAAACCCUUGAUCGUGCCGUCAAUAGAACUGUGCCAUGACAGCCCCCACGCACCUCAUAAUCGUGUGCUGCCACGGCAUCUGGAUCGGCGGCCCCACAAACGGCCGCGCCGAGUCGGAGUGGCUCAUCGCCGGCUUCCAGACCGGCGAGACCCCAACGUUCAUCGACCACAUCAAGGCCGGACUGGCGGUGCUACAGGACGACCCAGCUUCUGUGCUCGUGUUUUCGGGAGGACCAACACGUAAAGAGACGCGCCUUUCGGAGGCGGAAAGCUACGCCAAUCUCGCCUCCGCCAACGCCUAUUUUGGCAUCUUCCCCUCCUCCCCGGACACCACUUUGUUCACGUCCCGCAUCCAUAUGGACGCCCUUGCCCUGGACUCGUACCACAACAUCUUGCAUUCCCUCCUCCUCUUCCGCCGCCUCUACGCCUCUUGGCCGCAAAACCUGACGAUCGUCAGCCACGCCUUCAAGAAGCCGCGCAUCGUCGACGGCCACUGCGCCGCCAUCGGCUUCCCUCUCGAGAGGGUGCACUUCAUUGGGAUCGACCCGCCUUGCAUGCGGGCUGCUAGUACUACUGCUGCUGCCGCUGCCGACGAUGACGAAGACGACAAGAGAACCACUGGCGCAAGCGACGGAGACAAGGCGGGGGCCAUCGCCGGCGUGCAGCGCGCCGUCGACGAGUGGGCGCAGGAUCCGCACGGUAUCGGCACCACCCUGGCCAGGAAGAGGAGGGCGAGGAACCCCUGGGACCUGGAUGAUAGGUUAUUCGCGAGCGAAGAGGAGAGGGCGAGGAGCGGUGUUGCCACGAGGAUCGUGGCUGGGCACGAGGCGUUGGUUGAAGAUGCGAAGAGGCCGUGGGCUUAGUAUAUUUCUAGGAAUAGACGGCAUAUAACACGAGUAAAUC